AUGCGUUCGUUGUUGUACCUUCCCCUGAUCGCGGGCACUGCCUUCGCUGGCAGCUGCCCAUACAUGAGUGGUGAAAUGGGAAAGCGCGAUGACGCUGCCCUUCAAGAAACCACCGAGCAGACCGAAAAGUUCAUGGGUCAAUUCAAGCUCAAUGAUGAGCAAGGCUUCUUGACUACUGAUUGGGGUACUCCCAUUGACGAUCUGACCAGCUUAAAGGCUGGUGCUAGAGGCCCUACACUGCUGGAAGAUUUCGCUUUCAGACAGAAGAUGCAGAGAUUUGAUCAUGAGCGAAUUCCUGAACGCGUUGUCCAUGCUCGCGGUGCUGGUGUCCAUGGAGUCUUCGAGUCUUACGGCAAUUUCAGCAACAUCACAGCUGCGAGCUUCCUUUCAGAGGAGGGCAAGAAGACUCCUACUUUCGUGCGCUUUUCGACCGUUAUUGGCGAAAGAGGAAGCGGAGAUGCUGCUAGAGACGUUAGAGGGUUCGCAACGCGCUUCUACACUGACGCAGGUAACUUGGAUAUCGUUGGCAUAAACCUGCCUAUCUUCUUCAUCCAGGAUGCUAUGCAGUUCCCCGACAUGGUCCACUCCUUAAAGCCUCAGCCUGACAAGCAGAUUCCUCAGGCUGCUACUGCCCACGAUACCGCAUAUGACUUCUUCUCCCAACAGCCCAGCACCUUGAACAUGCUCAUGCUCAUCAUGUCGGGUUACUCUCUGCCUCGCUCAUACCGCCACAUGAGCGGCUUCGGUGUUCACACCAUGCGCAUGGUUACCGAAGAAGGAGACAGUAAGCUCAUCAGAUGGCAUUGGAAGUCCAAGCAAGGCACUGCAAGUCUUUUGUGGGAAGAAGCUCAAGCCAUCAACGGAAAGAAUCCCGACUACCACCGCAAGGAUCUUUGGGAUGCUAUUGAGAAUGGCGCCUACCCUGAGUAUGAGCUUGGUGUUCAGAUCAUGGACGAGGAUCAACAAUUGGCUCUCGGCUUCGAUGUCCUGGACGCCACCAAAUGGAUUCCUGAGGAACUUGUGCCAGUUACCAUUCUCGGAAAGAUGACCUUGAAUGCUAAUCCAACAAACUACUUUGCUGAGACUGAAUCUAUCGGUUUCCAGCCAGGACACGUCGUGAGAGGCAUAGACUUCAGUGAAGAUCCUCUGCUUCAAGGUCGUCUGUUCUCCUACCUGGACACUCAGGUCAACAGACAGGGAAUCAACUUCGAACAGCUUCCCAUCAACCGCCCUCGCAUUCCUAUCCACAACAAUAACCGCGACGGUCGUGGACAACAAUACAUUCCCACGAACAACUAUGCCUACUCUCCCAACUCACUUAACAAUGGCUUCCCCAAGCAAGCAAAUCAGACCGUUGGCAAGGGCUUCUUCACAUCACCCGACCGCCGCUUGACAGGUGCAUUCACCCGUGAACUGUCGCCCACCUUCAACGACCACUGGUCGCAGGCACGUACUGUGUGGAACAGUAUUACUGCAGCAGAACAGCAGAUUGUGGUCAACAGUCUGCGCUUCGAAGUCAGCCAAGUACAAUCUCAAGUCGUCAAGCAAAACUUCGUCAUCCAACUCAACAGAAUCUCGCACGAUCUGGCUUCUCGCGUCGCUGCUGCUUUGGUAGAUGUCAUUGUCCCCGAACCUGACAACACGUUCUACAACUCCAACAGCUCUGCUCACAUCUCGAUCUUCAAUACUACUCUGCCUACCAUCAAGGGUCUCAACAUGGGCAUUUUGGCCUCGACAACUUCCAACGCUUCGAUGGCUCAGGCAGCUCAGUUGAGCAAGUCCUUUGCAGCUCAAGGCCUCUUCGUCAGCAUUGUUGCAGAGUCUCUUCAGCCCGGGGUCAAUGUGACUUACUCUGCUGCCGAUGCCCAUGCCUUUGACGCUGUCGUUGUCACAGCAGGCGCAGAAGCAAUCUUCACGGGCGAAAAGGCUUCACCACUUUACCCUCUCGGCCGCCCCAUGGAACUCCUCAAGAAUGCUUACGGCUGGGGCAAACCCAUCGGUGCUGUGGGUAUGGGUAGAGUAGCUCUGGAUGUUGCUGGUAUUGAGCAGCGUCCUGGUGUCUACUUUGUCAACAGCACUUCUGAGGCUGUAGACGACUUCAAGUGCGGUCUUGCUACUUUUAGAUUUUUGGAUAGGUUCCCUCAGGAUGAGUAG